AUUGACUGGGACCUUGUCAAGAGCUGGGUCGGUCAAUGCUACGCAACCCACGAACGUUACGACUGCCGGCCAGUAGAAUUAUCCCUUCGCGAUGUUUGUGUCAUUGACUGCGUUUCACGCAGCGUAGUUCCUUUGCCUCGCGGGUGCGAGUAUGCUGCCCUGAGCUACGUCUGGGGCAUAAGCACGACAUCGGACCUCCCUUUGCUCGACAAUAGACUUCCAUCUCCAGCGCCUCAGGUCGUCGAUGAUGCGAUGUAUUGCGCGCAACAACUCGGCUUUCUCUAUCUCUGGGUCGACCGUUACUGUAUAGACCAGAACUCGGAGAGUAAGCAUCUACUCAUCCAGAACAUGGAUCGGAUAUAUGGCUGCGCCUCAAUCACUAUAGUCAAUGCUAGCGGAGACAGCUCAUACCAUGGUCUGCCCGGAGUGUCAAAUGUACCCCGCAAGCAGCAGCAGUAUAUCACUGUCAAUGGGAGCUCAAUCGUGAGAGUCCGCUCGUGCAGGAAAGAAAUUCAGCAAAGUAAAUGGGCAAGCAGGGGUUGGACUUUCCAGGAAGGGCUUUUGUCGACUCGGAGGCUUGUAUUCACCCCAUCUCAGGUCUACUUUCAAUGCAGAGUCUGGCACUGCUGCGAAAGCAUAUCAGGGGUCUUUAAUUCUUCGACUGACGAGCGGAGGGAAGCUGUGAUAUCACUAGCUUCUAGCCAGCAAGCUCUUACUGUUCAUCGGGGUUUUGGUCAAAAGAUGUUUGAAGAGUUAUUGUCCCAGUACCUACGGAGACAAUUAACCUUUGACACAGACAUCCUACUUGCAUUCUUAGCGGUGAUCAAAAGCUGCUCUUUCCAACAUUGUUGGGGCGCACCGGUCCGAGUGUCAUAUAGCAACUCAUCUGGCAACGAACUAAUGCAACGUCUGAGAUGGCAACCAGUUGGUGAGAUUGAAGCAAAUCAUCUGAUAAGGAGAGAGGGAAUACCUUCCUGGUCUUGGGCAGCAUGGCAGGGUUUGAAGGGGCUACGUCUUGGAGACAUAUUUGAGUAUACCAGUGGAGGCGACUACAAGGAAAUGAAUAUCGCAAUUGAAGAGAUCUCUGGAGAACGAAGGAGCAUCUCAGAGUAUUGCUCAAGGUUCCAGCCUUUCUUGAAUAUCGAUGGAUGGAUCACUAUGAUCAGAUUUUGCCCUCGCAAUUCUCCCCUCCGUAAGGAUUGGAAUGCAACAACUAAUUUGUUAGUAUUCGAACACACAGGCCGUCUGAUAGUGGGAUCUGCCUUUGUCAUGAACAUCAUUCUGCCCGAGGAACCCGAAUGGGAUGGAUCGCAACUGUUAUCUGGUACUUGGCCGGUCCUUGUUUUCUUUGAAACGAGACACGCAUUUGAUGCCGGUACGGAGGCAGUCAAUGUAAGAGGACUAGUACUUCGACCUUGUAAGGACAGUACGUAUCAGAGAUUAGGAGUAUUA